UGUUUCUGAGAGGUUUUAAGUAAGUUUUACUCAUGAGAUAUUCUGUUAGUCGAACAAAAUAACUUGAGCACAACACAUCAAUUUUUUUUUUGAGAGGGUUAGAAAACGAAGAUAAACACACAAAAAGUUUUCUAAAUGCAUAAACAGAGGAUGUUGUCGACACUUUUAUUCUAUAGCAUGCUGACAGUAUUAAUUAAAUCUGUGAAUCUUGCGACAAUACCAGAAAGUAACAAUCUAAGUUCAUCAGAAGAAGAUCAAAAAGCAGAAUGUCCAGAGAUAUCAUUUAAAUUUGGACAUAAAGAUAGUAGCAGUGAUGAUUAUGAGACAACGCAACUUUGUAAAUCAGUUAAAAAACAAAUUAAUCCAAAUGAUUUAGCAAGAGAACGAGGAUACGAUGUUGAAGAUGAUAAACGAUUUUCACAAUUAAUUGAAGUCGAGGAAUGUGAGAAUGUCGGUUUGCCGUGUAGCUACAUACUUCCAUUUAAGAAGACAAUAUGUAAACAAAAGUAUAUGAAAAUUCAAUUGAAAGUUGUGAACAAGGAAGAAAAGAUGAGUGCAUAUGAAGACUUUGAUAUUCCCAGCAAUUGUGAAUGUGUCUUUCUGUACUCUAAAUUACCCGAUAUUGGAUCUCUUAAACAAUUAAAUUAAGACUAAUUUAAAUUUUUAUUAUUUAAUCACCACUCGUUAAGUUUACGUUAAGCACAUUAAAAUAAAGUUAAUUACGAUAAGAUUUGUUUUUUACAACAGAGGAAGUUGAAA